CUUGCGACUUUUAAAAACAAUUGUAUUUAUCGCAUCGGGCGUGUGUUGUGUUAGUGGCUUGCUGCUAAAGCAGGAACCAUGUCCCAAACACGUAUAUGAUGUGCAUAAGAAAGAUUUCAAUAUAAGCAAUUAUUUGGGCACGUGGUAUACCUAUGCCAAAUAUCCGAACACGAACGGCAGUGUUCCGGAAUGUUUGGAAUUAAAUAUUUAUAAGAAACGGGACAGCUACUUCAUGCGUGCAAGAUAUCGAGAUGAAAGCUCCAAGAAACCUGCCGGCACUCUACUGGAGCUCGUCGAUGUCGAUAUGACUGGCCACUUCCGCACAUAUCCCGCUCAGAAAGGUUUCAAAAUGGGCUUAAACACCUGGAUUAUAGAGACAGAUUAUCGGAGCUAUGCCGUUCGUUUUUCAUGCUCGGCGGCAGAGCAAGGUGGAAGCUAUCAGAUGGCCGUAAUACUAACCCGAAAGCGUUUACCACCACAUAGUACAGUUGCAGAGGCUAAGCGCAAAGCUUUUAGGGCAAGAAUACCCAUGAUCCCAAUGAAGCUAGUAAAUCAGCGCAACUGUUGGAAUCUCUAAAUUAUAGAUUAUGCAAGCAUUUCUACGGGCUAAGAAAUAUAU